UCACCUCGACAACAACAAACCACUCCACUGUUUACACGCUUCGACACGAUAUACACGAGCUUUGCGAAACUCUUUGAUCAAGAUCUGAUUGCGAGUGGGGGACUAUGGCAGGCUGAGAACAUCACGGGUUGUCGUCGACAGCGACCGCGCAAGCGAUCGCGGCCAGACCACUUUUCACACGGACGUCGAACGACAAGCAGCAACAUCUUCAACACAUUCAACCGGGCGAUUCAACUAUUAGAACACAUCACCUUUAAUCGACAAUCUCCAGCCUCCUCCUACCCACCAUGUCCACACAAGGACCUUCCCUCCUCUCCCGCGCCACUCGAGUCUUCUCAUCCACACCACCGCCACCACGGCCCACACACUGGCACGAUUCAGUCCACCGAGAUGCACUGGUCAAGUUCUGGGAUGCCAUUGUCGAGGUGACCGCCAAGAACCCGCAGAGAUAUGGCGGCUCAUCGACUGCCAUUCGACUCGCCUAUACCUACCAGCAUUUCUGCGGGAAGUUCCCAAAACUUCGAGAAGGCGACACUCCGCUGAACACCGCUUGGAUGGAGUAUGUCCUGGGCAAGGCGCUGAAGCAUCCGUUCUGUACGGCGGAGGGUAUGGGUACGUGGGAGGUGUUGGCUGGUAGCAGUGGUCCGAGGGGUAAUUGGGGUCCGUGGUGAGGGAGGCGAGCUCGGAGAACGGGCCGACUGAAGGAAGGAAGCGAAAGGGAAAGCAAGAAUUACGACGGCAUGAUGCAUCGAGCAUGAAACGAAGCAUUUGAGCAUGGAAGCAUCAACAACACGACAGCAUGAAACGACGUACGAAAUACGACAUACCGGGACACGAUACAUUACGCAGCAAGGGAGCUGGGACUUACCUUGAGGAAGGUCGGCAGCGAGACUCCAUUGCGUCAUGCUCCUCACAACUCCAUCCUAUUGCCUACUUAGGCGCAGCGUAGUCAGAAUUCUCCCUACGGUAUAGCGAUAUCGUCAAAACAGGGCGAAUAUCAAC